UCAGCCAAAGUAUGUCAAAAGUAAAUGUAAGGAGAAAUCUCAAUGGGAAGGAGAAACCAGAGAAGCAAACCCAUAGCUUCUUAUCCAAACAUCUCAAGAAGGUCUACCCACUUGCACCACAGAGGAGUAACUCAUCUCAAUCACUUCCUUUAUUAUCUUUGUCACAGAAUUCUAAUGAUUCAAUAGGCAAAGAAGCUACUCCUCAGGUGGUGGUGGAUCGGAAGGUUUUGGUGUCUCUUCGUGAGCCUGGAACUCCUGGAAGAAUUACAGAAACCAAACAGAUCACUACUAGUGUUGGAACAGAUAGCCCAGAUUCUAAUGGUGUCACUGUUAUUCCUAGAGGGGUGGACCGGACGAUUAUGGUUCCCCUUCGUAGUCUUGGACUUCUUGAAAGAAUGGAAAUCACAGUUCCUAAAGUUGAACAAGAUAGUUCAGAUUCUAAUGGUGUUACCUUGAAGAAGAGGUGUCAUUGGAUCACAAAGAGUAGUGAUCAGGAAUAUGUCCACUUCCAUGAUGAGUGUUGGGGAGUGCCAGUUUUCAAUGACAACCAACUAUUCGAACUUCUAUCGAUGUCGGGAAUGUUGAUGGAUUACAGUUGGUCUGAAAUCCUGAAAAGAAAGGAGCUCUUGAGAGAAUGUUUUGCUCAAUUCAACCCAAACAGUGUUUCCAAGAUGAGUGAGAAAGAGAUUAUGGAGAUUGGUUCUAAUGAGACACUUAUGUUGGCAGAAAGCAGAGUAAGGUGUAUAGUAGACAAUGCCAAAUGCAUAGUAAAGAUUGUUGAUGAAUAUGGAUCAUUCAGUAACUAUGUUUGGGGGCAUAUGGAUUAUAAACCAAUGAUCAAUAGAUACAGAUACCCAAGGAAUGUUCCUCUGAGGACUCCAAAAGCAGAGAGCAUUAGCAAGGAUCUAAUAAAAAGAGGAUUUCGAUUCGUCGGACCGGUUAUUGUGUACUCAUUUAUGCAAGCUGCAGGAAUGACAAUUGAUCACCUUAUCGACUGUUUUAGGUUUAGUGAGUGUGUGAGCAUAGUUCAGAGACCAUGGAGACAUGGCUAGCUAGCUAGAUAGAAUUUUUUG